AGGUCAAUCGUGUAAAGUUGACAUGCGAAAGGUCAUUUCAGCUACACACACGUGGUUACAUCGCAGGUGUAAACAACAGUUAAAAGUGCAUGCAUUUUGCAUCGCCUGACAUUCUUGGCACAUUCUCAUUCUUGUCGAUUGUGUUUCGUGAUUAUACUUGAUUUUUGUUUAACCUGCAUAGAAAACUAUUACUGCUAAGAACUGUAUCAUUUCACACUGUAUAGAUCUAGACUCUAUCAAACAGGGGUUUUGUCUACACCACCAUGCCAAGUGACAAGUACAGGCAGAAAAAUCCAAGAAAUAAGCAGACUAAAUUUCGACUGGAAUUUGAUGAGACCAGCAGAAAUGACUUUCUGACUGGCUUUCGGAAGAGAAAGAAUGCACGAAAGAAGAUUGCUCUACAAGAAGCGGACGAGAAGAGAAGGGAGGGGAGAAGACAAGAGAGGCAGCAGAGAAGAGAGGCGCUAGAAGAAGAGCUGAGUAACAUCCGACUCCCAGAACCAGCUACUGAAUCUCAGAAGGAAGAUGUGGUGAUUGAUCAUCCGGAACACACAGUAACCGUGACGACCACCCUGGAUCUCCAGAAAGAACAUGGAGGAAUAGGAGAAAAUCAGGUUGACUACAAUGAGGAGGAGGAGGAGGAGGAGGGAAAGGAGGAGUUCAUCAAUGGAGAGGAACUAGAUGACGAAGAUGAAGAUGAUGAUAAUGCAGGGAUUCGAAGACAUACCCAGGAUGACGAUGAAGAAGAGGAGGAAGCAAGUGAAGAUGAAGAGACUAUUAAAAUGAAAGCAGAAAAGAACAAAAAGAAAGAGAUAUUCAACAAGCGACGACAGAAGAUCAAGAAACAAAUGGUGAAGAAGAAACGAGGAGCUUCCCAGCAGACGGUCAAAAAGAUGAGGAGCAUGAAGAAAAAAUCAUUGGGCAAAUUCAUCAAACGAGGCGAAGCAAAUAAAUCAAAACGGUGACAAAAGCCAAUGUAUUUUCUUUUCUUUUUAUAUUUAGUAUUUAUCAGUAAAUAUUGUCAAUUUUGAAGAAGGUCGCAUUAAUAUCCUGGCCCAGUUGUGUAAUCAAUUCAAAUUGAUUGCAACUUGAUAUCAAUGACAAGUCUGUACUCAAGAGAUAGGAGUUUGCGAGUUUGCCAUCGAUUGGAGGACAUGCCAUCAAUUCAGAUCGAUUGCAAUGUCCUGGUCUUAUUUGGUCAGAUAUUGGAACCACGUUAUCCUUUUGUAAAAGAAAAAGUUAUUUUUGUUAAAUAUCAGCUGCAUGUAGAGUGAUAUUGAUGUGACCCUUUAUUGAAACAUUCCAUAAGUGGAAUUCAAAGAUAAAGUUGAGUUCUGGUCAUGCGAUUGCAUUGUGAAAGAAACGGUGUGGAAUCCAUUAAAAAAAGUUUAUCAUGCAGUAUAUUAUCCGUGU